AUGAGAGUAGAAGAGUUGCAAAGUAGUCUAGAGGUACAAGAGUUGCGUCUGACUGAAAGAACCUAUAAGAGAGAGUUAUAUCAGGCUUUAAAAGCUUCUUUUAUCAAGAAGGACAAAAAACAAUCUUGGUCAGAGGCCAAGAAAAGACAUGGUAGGUCUCAGGAUCCAGAAGCCUCCAACUCUGAUGAAAAGAAACAUCAGAAGGGAUGGGAAAAGCUUGACAAGAGAAUGGUUCAAUGCUACUGUUGUAAUAGGUUUGGCCACUUUGCUAAGGACUGUUGGUCAAACAAGGAAAGGAAUUCAGAAGAAGCAAACAUAGCCAUAAGAGAUUAUGAUAAUGAACUUGUGAUAUUGAUGGCUUAUGAAUUUGAUGAUGAUGAAACCUAUGAGUCAGAGUCAGAAUCAGAAGAUGAGUCGGAAUAUGAAGGUUAUGAAGAAGAGUCAGAAUCUGAGGGUUUUGAAGAUGAGUCAGAGUCAGAAGAUGACUCUGAAGACGAAGAUGAGUUAGAGUAUGAAGGUGACUCUGAAAAUGAAGAGAAAUCUGAAGGUGAGUCUGAUUCUGAAGGUGAAUCUGAUUCUGAUCCAGAUUCUGAUGAUGAUCCAGAAUUUGGAGGUAAUCCAAUCUUUGGGUAUGGAGCUUUUAAAGGUGGAGCUUUUGAAGGUGGAGCCUUAGAAGGUAGUCCAACUUCUGAGGGCAGUCAAGCAUCUGAUACUAUUCCAUAA